AUGCACUCAAAUAGAUUAUUUGUAAAAGUGAUUUUAUGGAUUAAUUGGGUUGCAAUCGUAGAAUUACUGAAUGAUAAUCCGUUGCUUUUACUGAUAUCCUUAGAUGGCUUUCGAUAUGAUCUAUUAAAUGCUACAACUGUACCAAAUAUUUGGAAAUUUGCUUCAGAAAAUGCAUAUUACAAAGGAGGUUGCCGUCCACAGUAUCUCUCAUUCACAGCACCAAAUCAUGCAUCAAUCGCUACUGGAUUAUUAGUAGAAAGUCAUGGCAUUGUUGGUAAUUACUUUCAUGAUCGUAGUACCAAUACGACCUUUGAUAUAUUCAAUUCAUCGCGAAAAGAUGGUGCUGUUAAUGACUCCUUGGUGGCACACUUUUACAAUGGUGAACCAAUUUGGUUGACUAAUGAACGUGCUGCAAAUAAUAGACGAUCAGCCACAAUGUAUUGGCCAACAGGCGGUGGCCACUGGCCACCUGAACCUCAUAAGCCUACAUUACAUAGUAGAACAUGGAUGGCAUACAAAAAUUUGUCUCAAUGGAUGGUUGACUUUGAUGAAAUUUUUGAUUUGUUUACACGUAAACAAGAUCCGUACAAUUUUGUAGCAUGGUAUAUUUCUGAACCAGAUCACGUCCUCCAUUCAAAUGGAUUUAAAAAUGGCAAACUUGAGCAAAAAAUGCGAGAAUUGGAUUUAUUGUUCAAAUAUGUUAGAGGAAAAUUAGAAAAUGAAUUAGAACUUUUUCAACGACUGAAUAUUAUUUUAACUGCUGACCAUGGACAUGCUCAAAUUGAAAAAAGUUCAAAUGUUUUAUGCAUAUCUGAAGUGAUCGGAGAUGAAGAUGUUAUAUUCGGAGAUCAAAUGAUUUAUACUAAAAAUGCUGAUCAGAAAGAAACUAUAUAUACCGUUCUUAAGAAUGCCAUUCAAAAAGGUCGUUACGAUAUUGAUGUGUACAAAAAAGAAGAUAUACCAAAAAUUUUUGCCUAUUCAAACAAUGAUAAAAUUGGUGAUAUAAUAGCUGUACCACGAUCAGGAUACAAUAUUCGCCUUCACUGUUCUCAUAGUGGUCAAAAUGAUAAACAGCCUCUCCAUGCUUCAAGUCAUGGGUUGGAUCCAAACCAUUGGACUAUGAAGUCGGUAUUGGUAAUGAAAGGUCCAACAUUAAAGCAAAACCACGUGAUUGAUGCAACGGCAAACAAUAUCGACUUAUAUCCAUUAAUGUGCCAUAUUUUGGGACUAAUCGCAGCACCAAACAAUGGUAGCUUAGAAAAUAUGCUUGAAGUAUUAAGACCAAAUAUGGCGAUGAAUAAUUCUCUACUUGUCACUGAAACUGAAGUUGCUGAGUUUCAUUUACGUAAAUAA